GUUGAUUUGUGCUACCAUCUGCCAAAUCUUGAGGGGCUUUAUUUGGGUAAGAAUCAAUUAAAUGGCUCAAUUCCCUCAAGUAUAGGUAGAUGCAAGAAGCUUCAGGAGUUGACUCUAAGCACUAAUAGAUUCAUCGGAUGCAUCCCAAGAAGCAUUGGGAACUUGUCCAAACUUACUGGAAUAUAUCUCGGUCACAACGACUUUGAAUGUGAAAUACCAAAGGAGGUUGGCAACUUACCCUUGGUGACUUUAUCUAUGGGAUUCAACUUCUUGACUGGUUUCAUUCCUCCGAUGAUCUUCAACAUCUCAACCUUGGAAUGUAUUUACUUAGGGGGGAAUAAUCUUUCAGGCCAUCUUCCUUCGACCAUUGGACUUGGGCUUCCAAAGCUUACUGAGCUAGAGUUGUUUGACAAUAAACUCAACGGCAUUUUCCCAAGUUCUAUCACAAAUUCUUCCUUACUUGCCAUUCUAGACCUAAGCAAUAACUUGUUCUUUGGCCCUUUCCCCAAUUCACUUGGCCAUCUAACAUCCCUCCAAUGGCUUGACCUGAGUCAAAACAUGUUCUCUGAAUUCUCCACUCCAAAAAGAAGCUUUCUCUUCUCUUUGAUAAAUUGCAAAUAUUUGACAUUUCUAGAUGUAUCAUUUAGUUCAUUGAAUGGCAUCCUUCCGGCUUCAAUUGGGAAUCUAUCUAAAUCUCUUCAAUAUUUGUAUGCAUCGAAUUGCAAAAUUCAAGGAAACAUUCCUGUGGAAAUUGGCAACUUGAGCAACUUGAUAAGUUUGGAACUUAUUGGGAAUGAUUUGAUUGGGCCAAUUCCAGCAACAAUAGGAAGAUUGCAACAGCUCCAAGAUUUUGGAAACCUGAAGGUCUUGAUCAGCAUGGAUUUAUCUAGAAAUCAACUCUCAGGCAAUUUGCCUAACAACCUUGGGGAUCUAAAAGCUUUGACUCAUCUUUUCUUAAGAGAAAAUGCAUUAGAAGGUCACAUUCCUCAGUCAUUUGGAGGCUUGGUCAGCUUGGAAUCGUUGGAUCUCUCUAACAACAUUCUCUCAGGAGUGAUUCCUAAGUCUUUGGAAAGACUUUUUCAUCUCAAAUUUUUCAAUGUAUCUUUCAAUAAACUCAAAGGAGAAAUCCCAAGUGGAGGAUCAUUCAAAAAUUUCUCUGCUCAAUCAUUUAUGGGAAACACUGCUCUCUGUGGUUUGCCAAGAUUUCAAGUACCUCCGUGUAAGUCCCGUAAGAAAUCCAUCCAGGUGCAAAUUAAAUUAGUGUCAUCACUUGUAGCAGCUACCGUAUUGAUACUUUUCCUUGUCAUCCUCAUCUUCAAACGGCUACGAAAAUCAAAAGCAAAAUCCAUAGAUGAAGAAAUUUUGCUAAGUUUAGCAAAAUGGAAGAGAAUUUCAUACCAUGAGCUUCAACAUGCAACUGACAAAUUCAAUGAAAGAAACUUACUUGGCAGAGGGAGUUUUGGGUCAGUAUACUAUGGGACACUUCCAGGUGGAAUGAACGUUGCAAUAAAGGUCUUCAAUUUGCAAGUUGAGGGUGUACUCGAGAGUUUUGACACAGAAUGUGAAGUAUUGCGCAGUUUUCGUCAUCGAAAUCUAGUGAAAAUCAUUAGCAGCUGUUGUAAUGAAGACUUCAAAGCUUUAGUGCUUGAGUUCAUGCCUAAUGGAACCUUGGAGAAGUGGUUACAUUUUGAUAGAUGUUGUCUAAAUGUCUUGCAGAGAUUGGAUAUAAUGAUUGAUGUGGCUUCUGCUCUAGAAUAUCUCCACCAUGGAAAUUCAAUUCCAAUCGUCCAUUGUGAUUUGAAACCUAGCAAUGUGUUGCUUGAUGAAGAUAUGGUUGCACAUGUGGGGGAUUUUGGUCUUACCAAGAUUUUGGGAGAAGGGGAAUCUAUGAUGCAGACAAUGCAAAUUGCCACUAUAGGCUAUAUGGCACCAGAGUAUGGAUCAUUGGGAAUGGUUUCUACAAAAGGGGACGUUUACAGCUAUGGCAUCUUAGUCAUGGAGACAUUCACGAGACGAAAACCCACAGACAAAAUGUUUACUGGAGAGAAGAGCUUGAAGGCAUGGGUGAAUGAAUCGUUAUCUCGUUCAGGAACUGAAGUUGUGGAUGACAAUUUGAUGGAGGAGGAGGAGCAUUUCAUUGCGAAAGCAAAUUGUGUAUCAUCUGUUCUGGAAGUAGCUUUGAAUUGUUGUACAGAAGCACCCAAAGAAAGGAGAGAUAUGAUGGAUGUCGCAGUGAUGCUUAAAAAGAUCAAACAUCAAUAUCUUAAGGAUAUUGGAAAUUGAGAUAAUCAUGCAAAUUAAAUAACUAGAAUUAGAGACUACUUUAGUGUUGAAAUUGAGGUUUUGGACAAAAAAUAACGAUGGUUUCUCUACUUGUAUAAAUUUUAUAAAAUAAAUUACUAAUUUUAUG